AUGCUUACCCCUACACAACUGAGGAUUGUUGCUCUAAACCGCCCAUUAGCAAGGCUUCAUCCCGCUUCCAGGAGUUUCGCCCCCAUCUUUGUUCGCGCAAAAGGUCUCUCAGCCAUCGUCCGGGGAUCGAUCAGAUCUGAACGAAUUCAAAACGGUCCAGACAGCUUCGACACCCGCAAUGCCUAUCGUGACACUGGUCGACGAAAAGCAGGAGGCGAGCGACUCGCUCGUCCUAAAGAGCCCCCCAACCGACCCCGAGACGAUUUUUUGGCAAAGUUCAGUGCAAGAGCCGUCGACUCCGGUGGCACACGAAAUUGGCGUCAGGAACAAAAGCUGAAAAAGAAAUUAAGGAAAAAAGAUGAGGAAAAGAAGGAACGGGAAGAGAGAGAAGAACUAGGCAUAGGCCGCCGAACUAGGAGGAGACGAUUCGCCGAUCCUGAAAACGAAUUCGGAAAUCGCAGCUUCGUACACCGAAUGAAGUAUGGCGAUCUCAAAGAGGUGGCCGACAGUUUGAACGUAAAGCAGCCCGUUCGACCGCGACCAUUCCCAGAAGCUCAAAGGGAGCGCACGUUUGGGUUCAGAAAUGGGAAUAAUGAUGUUGCACGACACGAACGACGAGAGCCAUCAAACGAGAAGUUCGAGAAAUUAAGUCAGCAAUUCAAUCGCUCAAUACGACGCCCUGAAGAUUCACAACAAAGUUUUGGCCGCUUCGACCGUCAAGAUCGCCAGUCAAAUAUCUCUGGUGGAUGGUCCAACGAUGAAUUUAACGGAUCACAGCGGAGAUUCGAUCGUUCACAGCCUAGCGACUUUCGUCAUGACAACGCUCGAGAAGACCGGCAGAAUGACCAAGGAGAUAACUCUGGCGAUAUCAAGCGUGGAAAGAAGGAGAUGAUGGCCAUGACCCUCAAAUACACUACCGCUGCUUCUCAGUUCCUAUACGGUCGAUCAGUUGUCAAAGCAGCACUGGAGCAGAAUCGACGAAAGUUGUAUAAUCUCUACAUACAUGCCAAUGAGAACCGAAAGUAUAACGCGGAUACUGUUACCCUGACGCGAAUGGCGAAGAAACUCAACGUGCCCAUAAAAAUCGUGCCUCCUGAAGAGCAACGAAUCAUGGAUAAGAUGAGCAUGGGGCGACCUCACAAUGGCUUCGUGCUUGAAGCCUCCCCUCUACCCCAGAUCCCCAUCAAAUCUCUUGGCAAGCUAGAGGAAAGUCCUGGUCGCCUGGGCUUUCACGUGGACAUUGAUCAUCAAACCAAGGAAGAGGCAGCGAUCAAUGGCACCGACACAUUUAUUCGGCGGUCCAAUGAUGUGAUGCCCAAGCCUUUCGUCUUGCUGCUCAACGAGAUUCUCGACCCGGGAAACCUAGGCGGUAUCAUUCGCACUGCCAGCUAUCUCGGCGUUGACGCCGUCGGUAUCACGAACCGGGGAUCCUCCACACUCACACCUGUUGUUCUCAAGUCCGCUGCCGGUGCAGUGGAGGAAGUCUCAUUAUUUGCGGUGGAUGAUCCUGUGAAGUUCGUCCAAGACUCCCAGAAAGCUGGCUGGAAAUCAUACGCCGCGGUGGCGCCGCCUGAUCGAAAGCUUGUUCGAAAGCAUGGGAGCAAGUUCGUGUCAACAGAUACGAUUGAGGCACAAAGCCCACUAAACGAACAUCCGUGUCUACUAAUUCUUGGCAAUGAGGGCUAUGGACUUUCGAAAUCUAUUAAGGUUGCUGCCGACUAUGAGCUAUCAGUACCUCGGUUUGUCCAAGGAAGCUGUGUGGAUAGUCUGAACGUCAGCGUUGCGGCAGGCCUCUUGUGUCAUUCCUUCGUUAAGGAACCUGUGACUGUCUCACCAGAGCCAGUUGAGCCCACGGCCAGACUGGCUGAUUCGGAGGCCAUUUCUGACGAUGUAGAGAGCAGGACCAUAGCGACGAAGACUGGGGCGAAGCUCAUUGAAGCUGGAAGUGAUGGUUCUCCUGAAGUAAAGACCACUGGCGAGGAAUCUGAAGUUGAUGCUGCUACGGAGGCAGAGCAAAAACAACCCGACGAUCAAAAGCUUGAUAAAAACGACGAUUUGGUGUUCUAA